GAGAUAGAACAGGAAGCGACGCUGGAUCAAGCUGCCAGAGGGAAACACGUUGUGUCAUGAGUAGACAUGACAGAAACAGCUUUCUUUAAGUUAUUUGUAGCAAUAGUGAUCACAUCCAUUUUAGUACUGCCAGAAUUUUUCAAGACACCAAAAGAAAGAACACGAGAGCUCUCCUGUCUGGAAGUGUGUUUACUACCUAAUUUCACCUAUCCACUUUCCUCCUUCAAUUUUUCUUCUGUGGCUCUUCUACAACCAGCAGAGGAAACACAGACUGUUAUGGGAAUCUUUCCAAAUCACUCCAGUUUCCAAAGCUUCACUGAGAUUUGCCAAGGCAUCACAAGUGGAUUUCCGAUGUGCUCCUUGUGUUUGGUUUGUGAAUCCAAAGAAGACGUGGAUUUAAUUUCUCAGGAACAAACAUCAGAAGGUCUUAUCAUGAGGGGAUCGAUGGAAGUGAAGGCAAAGGACUUUUACUUGCCUUGUCAGCAUUUUAAUGUCACUGUCGCUCUAACAGUCGAUCCUACGAAGGACCACAACACUACUUGUACCCCUGAAACCCAUCCGGAAAAAGCCACAGCUGUAGAAGCAGCGCCAGCCAGGGAAGAGGCUCUAAACCACACUUGUAGGAUUGUGAGAAACAUGGACAAUUGCACACACAUUUCCUUGCUCCUAGAAAUGGAUGUAAAAUCUAUCACUUGUUCCAUGAAGAUCACUUGGUACAUUUUGGUGCUGUUAGUUUUUGUGCUUGGUAUCACCCUUCUGGUCCACAGAGUGCUUCAAGACCACAGGAGGGUGCAGAGGCGGCAGAGUCGUAAAUACAAAUCCGCAUCCGUUCUCUUAAGAGGGAGUGACUCUGUGAAGCUGAGCGCUGUGGACGGCCGGGUUGUUCCAGAGUCCACUCGAGGGCUGCCCUUAACCCGGGUCAUGGACAUGCUCCCCCCAAUCCCAGAACUUGAGGCCACUUCUGCAGUGCCCCAGCAAGAUCAAUAUACACGCUUCGAAAAGGGCCUGCUUCAAAGAAGCAAAAAAGGCAACGUUUGGAUGCGAUACAUGGAGGGCUGUACUCCUGCUCUUAAGACUCAAUGAGCCUUUCAUUCUUUGAGCCUGCCAAUUUCAGACCAUUUGAUGCGCAUUCCCGCUCGGGACUGAUGCACUGACUGGACCACCUGGCGCCUCGUGGCAGACUCGCGCAGAGGACCAGCCGGGCGGCCCCUGGUGCUCCUCAGCGAACGAGCGCGUUAUUUUGAGCACAGCUUCUUGGGGCAACCGCGAGUCUUCGCUCUCCGUUCUUUGCCAGGCACCAUGUGGUUUUAGAGAUGCUUGGGAUACCUGCCGGGAUGUUCAAUACUGUCGUCUCGGCUGCAUUUUAAAAUCGGCGAGACACACCUUUGGACGGGCCCGUGGCCGUGUUUCUGGGGAGGGCUAACAGAAGGACGCCAGUAGUGGCUGGGAGUAAAAGGAGAGGAAGGAGAGGGCCCACCGAGAGCCUGCGUUCCCGCUUUUCCUGUGCAGCCACGAUGUUAGACCCCAGUGCGUAGGGCCAAACGACCAUGGGCAGGACCCUCUGAAAGAGCGAGCCCAGAUAAGACCUUCCUACUUUAAGUUGUUUCUGUCAUGUUUUUGCUCUUAGCGAUGGAAGUCUGACUCAUUCAUAGUAUCUUUAUCCAAUCAGUCUGGCCUUGCUGUGACCUCUGGGACUGCAGAAUAGACCAAGACUGCUUGGUAACCAAUGAAAGCAUCAUCAAGCUGGUCAACAGGAUAGGCUGUGAAUAUGAGUUUUAUUAUAGUGUUGGAUAUUUCUUCUUUGACAAUAAAGUGAGAACGUACUUCUGAGCCUUCAACAGUUACUGAAGUACGUUAA